UUGGUGCAUUGUUGCGGUGCCGGGAUGAACACCACCGGUAAAUAUAUGCGGCUCGAGAAACCGCAGUUCGGAAGACACAAGUCGGGCAGGCUGUUUUCGUUUAAUUCGGAAAAUGGCGGGAUUAGCGUUGAUUUGGAGUUCAGUGUACCAUUUAUCGAGUUGCCAGUAAAAGAAUCCCUCCAAAUGGCCAAGGGAGCCGUAGCCAACAUAAACGUUGGGGCUCUUGUACUAUCGGGAGCGGUUGUCCUUGUGAUUGGUGUCCUGGGUCCCCUUAUCAUAUCCCUAAUCUCCAAGAAAAUGAUAUACCAACCCCAAUUCGGUGGCUUUCAGAGAAGUGAAGAUACCAAUGUUUGGCGCUACGUUACAAUAUUGGACGACAUUCUUCUGGACAACAACAUCGACACAACGUCCUGCAUGCAAAGGAUGGUGUGUUGGACGGUGAAGAAUUCAGCGAAGAAAGUUAGCAACGGGCUUGGGUCCAGUAAUGAUAAAAUUAUAGACGGCAUUGCUUCCAAUGAAUGGGUCACUGAUUAUAUUAAAGGAUCGGCGGUUUUUGACGCUGUAGAAAAUGCAUACAAGGGAAUCAAUUGCUCUAAGCAAUAUGGAAAGUGUCAUAUUACAGAGUAUACCAUUCAAGGAUUAACGACAAAGUUCAUCAAAAUGAUUAACGGUAAUAGAUAAUUUUAAUAAAACUAGCCAAUAAAUAAAACAUCCGGCAAAUAAUACAAAUUGCAAAUUUAUUUCAUUUCUGUAUUUCUCAUUGUACGUAGAUAAUGUUUGUAGAUUAAUUAUUGUUAUAUUUAUCGU